GAGGUAAACAACCGCGGCCCCGCCUCCCGGCCCUCGGCGCGCCCUACAGUGCUUCUCGCCGGCGGGACGCGCUCCAGCUGGGCGGGCGGCGUCCUCCGAGAGUCCCCAGCGGCCGCGGCGGGCCAGAGCAGCGGCAGCGGGCGCGGCGCCCCGGGGCUGCGGGCCGAGCGCACCGGCAGGGGUCGAGCGCGCGUCCCCUCCCCGCCCCCACCGUGCGCUGUGGCGCAGCAGGAAUUUGGCCGGGACCCGGGCUCUAUUUGCGGCUUUUGACGCGCGGCGGUCGGCUGCCCUUCGGUCAUUUCUAUUCUAGGGGUAUUGGGUCACCGUGCUCGGCCGGACCCCUCCCCCGGGCCCGGAGGGUGUGUCCCCCUCUCGGGGGCUCGCCGCGCCUAUAAGGGGCCGAGCGGCGGGCAGGGACAUGCAGCUCUACAGCAGCGUCUGCACCCACUACCCAGCCGGGGGACCGGGUCCCACGGCCGCAGCACCGGCUCCUCCCGCCGCCGCCUCUGCCGCCGCCCCCUUCAAGGUCUCCUUGCAGCCCCCGGGACCCUCCAGCGGAGCGCCCGAGCCCGAGACCGGUGAGUGCCAGCCUGCCGCCGCCGCCGCCGAGCUCCGGGAACCCGCGGCCGCCCCCGCCGCCAAGAUGCCCGCCUUCUCCUCCUGCUUCGACAUGGUGUCCGGGGCCGCCGCGCCCGCCCCGGCCGCCGCGCCGCCCGGCGCGUCCUGCAAGCCGCCGCUGCCGCCGCACUACACGUCCACGGCGCAGAUCACCGUGCGGGCCCUGGGCGCCGACAGGCUCCUGCUGCACGGGCCGGAGCAGGGGCCCGCCGCCACGCCGCCCAGCGCCGCCUCGCGCGGCCGCUGCCUGCUGCUGGCCCCGGCGCCCGCAGCCCCGGUGCCGCCGCAGCGGGGCUCCUCCGCCUGGCUCCUGGAAGAGCUGCUGCGGCCCGACGGCCCUGAGCCCGCGGGCCUUGACGCGGCCCGGGAGGGGCCCGACAGAAACUUCCGACUAAGCGAGCACCGCCAAGCGCUGGCCGCCGCCGUCAAGCACCGGGGCCCCGCGCCCUCCCCGGGGAGCCCGGAGCCCGGCCCCGGCCCUUGGGGCGAGGAGCACUUGCCGGAGAGGAGCUCUCGGAGCUGGGAGAGGGGUGGCGACCACAGCGACCCUCCGGGCGGGGACCCGGCGUGGCGGCCGGACCCGGAGGUGGAGGCGCACCCCACGCGGAGCGGCGAGGCCGCCCCAAGCGGCGCGGCCGAGACAGUGGUAGUCUCCAGGUCGGAUUCCAGGGAUGAGAAGCUAGCCCUGUACCUGGCCGAGGUGGAGAGGCAGGACAAGUACCUGCGACAGAGGAAUAAGUACCGGUUCCACAUCAUUCCCGACGGCAACUGCCUCUAUCGAGCUGUCAGCAAGACAGUGUACGGGGACCAGAGCCUGCACCGGGAGCUGCGGGAGCAGACGGUGCACUACAUCGCGGAUCAUCUCGACCACUUUAGCCCCCUGAUUGAGGGCGACGUGGGAGAGUUUAUCAUUGCUGCUGCCCAAGACGGGGCGUGGGCCGGGUACCCCGAAUUGCUGGCCAUGGGGCAGAUGCUGAAUGUGAAUAUCCACUUAACUACUGGAGGGAGGUUGGAGAGCCCCACAGUGUCUACUAUGAUUCACUAUUUGGGCCCUGAGGAUUCUCUAAGGCCCAGUAUUUGGCUUAGUUGGCUUAGUAAUGGACACUAUGAUGCGGUGUUUGAUCACUGCUAUCCUAACCCGGAAUAUGACAACUGGUGCAAACAAACUCAAGUGCAAAGAAAACGCGAUGAAGAACUUGCUAAAUCCAUGGCCGUAUCCCUAUCCAAAAUGUAUAUUGAACAAAAUGCAUGCUCUUGAAAUGUCUGAAAACCUUAUACACCCUGGGAAAAUUGGCAUACAUAACUUGUGUUUGGAGAAUCACAUGAACUCUAAUCAGGGUAAUAGCACUUUUAAAUUUCCUAGUAGAUUUACUGUAGGUGUAAUGCCUUAAUCAUUUUUCUUAAUAUUUUCUCAGAGCUGAAGGUUGCUGGACACCUGAAUGUUUCAUGAUAGUUUUGGGUGAUCUUACUGCUAUUUAUAAUUUGCUGUAUAAAGUGAGCACUAAAUUUGCAAGCUGUUUUCUCACGGUGUAAAUUUGUUCAUUCCUGGUAGUCUAUUUUCUAUAAAAAUGUAUUUUUGCACAUUUUUAAAAAUUGGUGUACCUUCAUCUAUGGUGUGUUCCAUUUUGACAGCUUACAAGGAGUAAACCAGAGAAGUGCUUUAUAUGAAGUUUAUUACUUUGAACAGAGUUUGUGAUUUAGUAGUUAUUUUAUGUUGAAAUUUUAAUUUGACUAUUCUUAGAUAAUUAUUUCAAAUGGAUUUUGAUGCAUUCUUGUUACCAGAUUGGCCCAUUCCAUUUUGAUGAAACAGUUGUUUUGGAAAUGAUUAUUUUUCUAGAAAUUGUCAGCCUUUUAAAGAGGAAAAACUUUGGGAAGGUUGGGACAGUUUUUUUUUUUUCCUUUAAGGGGCAGUACCAGGUCAUGAGUGAGUCUGUUGAUGGCAGAGUGAUUAUUCUGUACUCUGGUUGAUGUUUAGAGUAGAUUGUCUGGUGCUCUUAAUUGUUUUUAUUUACAUUUAUCAUUUUGUUAUAAAAGAACCUUAAUAUGGUAUAAAACUUUGAUUCAAGAUAAGUCUCCUGCUUUAUAUAGCUUCUUGGAUUCAACUAAGAUUUAAAUGCCUGGAAUCAACUUUGGCAGUUAUUUUAUAGCAGGAUAUUACUGUCUUAAUAAUCUUUUAAAAUUCUUUAAAAAGGCAACAUAAGAUUGCCCUGUAUUAAUGUAAAAAUGUCUGUAAACAGAGCUUGUAUGGUUUGCUGGGUCAAACAGUGUUUCCAACCUAAAAUCUAUCUCAUUGCCACUUGAACUUUCAGUCAUAUUUAUUAAGUAAUGCAGUUUGUACUUUUUUAUUUUGUAACAUUUUGUGAUUUUUUUUUGUACAAAACUGUAUUUGUAUAAUAGAGCAAUUCCCAGCCGAUGGAGUGAAUGAAUAAAAUGCAAAAUUUUACUUUUA